AUGAAAACGUUGAAACGGAAGUUCCCUCUGCCAGAAGAGGAAAAACCGAAAUUGAAGAGUAACAAGAACGUUAAAUCAGCGGCAAAACUUCGCUCACUUGAAGAAGAAGCAGCAAAAUUGGUUCCAUGGACAUUAGAUUUGGACGAUGAAGGUUCAUCUUCAGAUCUCGAGAAGGAAACCAAGUCGCUGAAAAUCUCUGAUAUUGCCACUCCAUCUAAUAAAAAAUUAAUUGGUAGCAGCAGCGAUGAGAUGAAUUCAGAAAAUUCUGAUGAAGAGAAGGAGACUGACACAAUAGCUACUGAUGAGGAUACUGGCUCAGGGAAAGAGGAAGAUAUGGAAGUCAAUGAAUUACCUACGACUUCAAAGGAAGAAGAAGAAGAAGAAGAUUAUCAAAAGGAAUUUAAAGUGCUCGGGCAGACAGAGUUUGAACCACUGAAAAAGAUUAAUGUUACAACUUCUUGGGUAUCAAAUGCAACCUUGUUUCCUGCCGAGAUUAUUAAGGAGAAUCUUGCGGAUCUAUCUUGUGUAGGCGGUUUGCCUGAACCUAUAGCGAAAAUAGUCAAGAAGAAAAUCGAUUCUUGGUUUCCAGUCCAGGUAAGCAACUUCAAAUCAGCUGCACUUCAGCAUGUUCCUUGUUGAAA